AUGACGAUCACAGUGGGUGUUCUUGCCUUGCAGGGCGCAUUCAUUGAGCAUGUCCAUCUCUUGAAAAAAGCGGUGGAGCAAGACUUCGCACAAUGGGACUUCAUUGAAGUGCGAACACCACAAGAGCUUGCGAAGUGCGAUGGACUUGUUUUGCCUGGUGGCGAGAGUACCACAAUGUCUCUGGUUGCUGCCAGGUCCAAUCUAUUGGAGCCACUGAGAGAAUUUGUCAAGGUCCUUCGUAAGCCAACCUGGGGCACUUGCGCCGGCCUGAUUUUACUCGCCGAGGCGGCGAACCGUACCAAGAAGGGUGGCCAGGAGCUUAUCGGCGGCCUCGACGUUCGAGUCAAUCGCAAUCAUUUUGGCCGACAAGCAGAGAGCUUCCAGGCACCGCUCGACCUUCCGUUCCUGGGUGAGACCGCAGAACCGUUCCCCGCCGUGUUCAUUCGCGCACCGAUUGUGGAAUGCAUCUUGCCACAUCAGAAGGGUAUCCAAGUGGACGAGGUCGGUCGGGAAGACACUGUCGUUGCUCCGUCCAGACCAACCAAAGACGCAGUGGCAGAAGCUGCGACGGCCGAUAAUGUUGAGGUGCUGGCCACCUUGUCAGGACCCGCAGCGCGCAUCGCCACACAAAGCCGAAACAUCAGCCCCGAUGAAGAAGUUGGCGAUGUUAUUGCCGUGCGCCAGGGGAAUGUAUUCGGUACCAGCUUCCACCCGGAGCUGACGGGUGAUGCUCGGAUCCAUGCAUGGUGGCUGCGCCAGGUGCAAGCUGCUGUUAACAAAAGGAUUAAACUGGGACAAUAG